GAACAAAUGAAUGCGAAACACGUUCAAUGUCUAACAAAUGGUUGCAAUUGGAUGGGUUUAUUAAGCGCCUAUCAACACCAUGAACAUCGACAUUACACUCCAGAUGAAUUGGAUUUGUCAUUGUCUGACUAUAUAAAAUAUCAAAUGAAUUCCUGUUUGUCCUCAUCCUCACCAUCAUCAUCAUCAGGAGCAGCAGCAUCACUGCAGACAACAGCACACAAUCCAAUGGUAUACAAUAAAGGCAUGGUUAAAACGGCCAAUGGAAUGCCAUUAAGAAGGCAUGGAUUACAAGAAAUCAGCAAUAAUCACUUGCUUGAUAAUAAUAAUAAUAACGACCAAAUAAAUUUGAAUAUUGGACAAGUACCGGUUGUAUGUGAACCAAUUAAUAAUUUGUCAACAAAUCAAUCAUUAUUUGAUCAUUCAAUGCAACGAUUGUUAACAAUGACCACCACACCAAAUAGAAUAACACCAGUGUCAAGUAUUCGAAAUAGGCAAGCACAAAAUAGACAUCAAAAUCAAUCAAUUUUCAAUUCCGACGACAGUAGGAAUCAAUCAGAAAAUAUUCAUGAUUCUAUAGAAGCAUUAAGAAGAAGUUAUUAUCUGCCUGCAACUACUACGCAUCAAUCUCGUAUACUUCGACUGCGUGAUGAACAACCGCAGUAUCAGCAAAGUUUCGCAAAUGUUUCAACACAUUGUCGUCAAACACGAUCGUAUGUACCAUCAUUGACGCAGUCAAGCAUAACCAUGAAUAAUAAUAGUGAUGGACAUAGACAAGGAAUUACUACUGUUCGCGAUUCCAGAACACAUAUUGGACGAUUACCGAAUGUCGUAGGGAGACGACAGACAAGAAGAGGUGAACAAGCCGUCCACUCGUUAAUUCAUGUAUCCUCUGGAGAAGUUGACAAUCAAUUCAGUCUAAUUCAUGAUGCAAUCAGUUUACUUACGGUGAAUUCCAAUUAUACGCACAAUCCAUGUUCAAUAGAGGGUAAUAAUGAUCUAAGAGAUCAUCAUAUUAAUAAUGAUCAUCAACAACAUUCUGAUCAUCGUCAAACAAUUCAUCUUCCAGCUAUGCAAUGUGAUGAUGAAGCACCAAUCACUUCUAAUUUAGACUCGAGACAGAUAAAUAAUAUUAAUAAUAGUAAUUCAAGACAACAGCAAGCAAAUCGACCAUUUGAAUUUCGACGACUGGUACCACCACAAAGACAUAGAAGAGUAGUUGAACAAUUAAGAGAAACACGUGAACAAUUAGCUACACUGCUACGUCGUAUGACUAUAGAAUUGGAAGAAAGACAAAAUGCUGCCCUGAUGUAUAAUAACUCGGAUAGUAGUAGUAGUAGCAGCAGUAGUAGUAGUGGUACAACUAAUCGACUGCCGAGAAAUUCAAAUAAUUUAUUCAAUGAUCAAUCAAUAUCAUAUGCUCAUAAUAAUACAGUGAAUCAUGAAUUCACAACAUAUAACAGCAACAAUCAUCACACCUCUAGUAUUCUAAGAAACAUUCACACAAGAAGUACAUGUGACAAUGACAAUGUGACACAAUGUGACAAUAAUAAUUAUACAUCUCAAUCAAUUGACAUUAUUUCGAAUACAAUGACUAAUACUACUAAUCCAAGAGAUCUAUCACGUCUACUGAUUACACCAAUUUACAGGGAGCAUAUGACCACCAAUUCUUCCACAGUUUCGAGUUUAAAACAGAAUACAACUACUACUGCGACUGCUAGAACCAAUAAUGAAAUUGAUUAUUAUGAUAACACAUCAUCAACUCAUAUCAUAUAAAUAAUCUUAUUGUUAUCCAGAUUAAUUUCAACAAAUAAG